CGGAGGGAGGCGGCCGGUUAGGGACCCGAGGAAAAGUGCGCGGAGGCGCGCGCGGCGCACGGCGGACUCGGUGCGGGGCGGCGCUGCGGCCGCGGCUGGGCGGGGAGUGUCUGCCCGUCCCUGCGCCCGACGCCUAGCAGACCCGGGUCGGGCGCGGCGCGCGGAGGGAUGGCGCCCGCGGCGUCCAGGCUGCGGGCUGAGGCCGGGCUCGGGGCGCUGCCGCGGCGGGCGCUCGCCCAGUACCUGCGCGUCCUGCAGCUCUACCCGGUGCUCACCAAGGCGGCCACCAGUGGCAUUUUGUCAGCACUUGGGAACUUCCUGGCCCAGAUGAUUAAGAAGCGGAAAAAAGAAAACUGCUCUCAAAAGCUAGAUGUCGGUGGGCCCCUCAGAUAUGCCAUUUAUGGGUUCUUCUUCACCGGGCCGCUGAGCCACUUCUUCUACCUCUUCAUGGAGCACUGGGUCCCGCCCGAGGUGCCCUGGGCCGGGCUCAAGAGGCUGCUCCUGGACCGCCUGCUCUUCGCGCCCGCCUUCCUGCUGCUGUUCUUCCUCGUCAUGAGCUUCCUGGAGGGCGGAGAUGCCGCCGCUGGCGCUGCCAAGGUGAGGAGCGCAUUCUGGCCGGCGCUGCAGAUGAACUGGCGCGUCUGGACCCCAGUGCAGUUCAUUAACGUCAACUACGUCCCCAUACAGUUCCGGGUGCUUUUUGCUAACCUGGUGGCUCUGUUCUGGUACGCCUACCUGGCCUCCCUUGGGAAGUGAGGAGGAUCCGGAGAGGCUACACCAGCACGGCCGGCCUACACCAGCACAGGGGAGUGCCACCUGCCCAGGGUGAGACAGAAACAGCCGGGGCAGAACGAAUCUGACUCCAGAUCAUGUGAUCAAUGCGCCCUAAAAUGAUGGAGAAACAGCAACCUCGCAAAAAUACUAAGAAUGAUUUCACUUGUCACCUUAGACUGCAUUAGGAUCACAAUAAACUAUAAUGUACCUUU